AUGUCCAAAAGCAAACCGGCUCCACAAAUUUCACCCAGCAAAUCUGUCGGAGGAGAAUUCUGCGUCGCCGCGGCCUUCGGCUCAUCCCGCUCGUGGUUUGCAAGCAAUCCUGCUCUUAAAAGAGAAAAAGAUCAAUCCAAGCAAUUCGUCGUCGAGUCGCUGUACAUCAUCAGCUGCUAUGGGACUUUGGUGGAGCACGUCCUGGAGCCCCGGCCUCUUAGCACCACCCCUAAGAUCAGCGAUGACACCCUACUGGAAAUGAUUACCUGCCCACGGGCUAGCUGGGCCCUCAUCAGAACUCCCCAGUGGAAUGAACUGCAGCCGCCUUUUAACUUGAAUCACCCUCUGCUCCUAGCCGCAGAUUCUGUGCAGUGCUACCAGUAUCUCCUCCUUGGCUUAGUUCCGCUGGGAAGCCCAGGACCGAUCACCCGCCAUGAAUCUUACGACAGCUUAGCUUCCGAUCACAGUGGACAAGAAGACGAAGAAUGGCUCUCCCAGGUGGAAAUCGUGACUCACACCGGACCUCACCGCCGCCUCUGGAUGGGCCCUCAGUUCCAGUUCAAGACUAUUCAUCCUUCAGGCCAGACCAUUGUGAUUUCCUCUAGUUCUUCCGUGCUGCAGUCCCACGGGCCCAGCGACACCCCGCAGCCUCUCCUGGAUUUCGACACCGAUGAUUUGGAUUUGGACAGCCUCAGAAUCCAGCCUGUCCGUUCUGAGCCUGUUAGCAUGCCCGGAUCAUCGCGCCCAACUUCUGAUCUACAGGGAGGAUCUUCAGCAACUGAUGCUACCUCAGGUAGGAAAGGGUCUAUCAGACCUAAGUAUCCCGAAAGUAACGAUGUUGUCUUUGUGGCCAAAGGACAAUAUCUAAUUGGUGAUGGUAUUGAUUGGGAUAUCGAUAACACCCGAACAUGGAAGGAACGUUGA